CCCGCCCCACGCUGCGGGGCCGUGGCCAUGCCUCGGAAUCCUCCCUCGGACAAGGCGAGGAAGGAAGUGGAGGGAGAAUGGGGCUUUGGCAUCCUGUACCCUUCGGAGGGGAGUGGCCGCAAAUAGCUGAGCUUGAAGGACAUGAGAACUCUCCAGCCAACUUCUGGGAUUCCAAAAAUCGGGGAGUGACUGGCACACAAAAAGGACAAAUUGUAUGGCGGAUUGAACCUGGCCCCUAUUUUAUGGAAUCUGAAAUAAAGAUCUGUUUUAAAUACUACCAUGGUGUUAGUGGAGCCCUCCGAGCUACUACUCCAUGUAUCACUGUGAAAAACCCUGCUGUGAUGAUGGGAGUAGAAGGCACGGAUGAAGGUGCUUCUGGAGCCCAGCACUCCAGGAAGUUAGUCAGCUUUACCCUAUCAGAUAUUAGAGCAGUUGGACUUAAAAAAGGCAUGUUCUUCAACCCUGAUCCUUAUCUAAAGAUGUCCAUUCAGCCAGGCAAGAAAAGUACAUUUCCUACGUUUGCUCAUCAUGGCCAGGAAAAAAGGUCGACUAUCAUCAGUAACACAACUAAUCCUGUUUGGCACAGAGAGAAAUAUUCUUUUGUUGCACUUCUAACAGAUGUCCUGGAAAUUGAGGUUAAAGACAAGUUUGCCAAGAGUCGUCCGAUCAUCAAGCGCUUUCUUGGGAAGUUAACCAUACCAGUUCAGAGGCUACUGGAGAGGCAUGCAAUUGGAGACCAGGUUCUUAGCUAUAAUCUUGCCAGAAGGCUCCCAGCUGAUCAUGUAAGUGGAUACCUCCAAUUCAAAGUGGAAAUCACAUCUUCUGUUCACGAAGAUGCUUCACCAGAAACAGUUGGCACUUUGCUAGGAGUGAACUCUCUAAAUGGAGACCUGGGGAGCCCCUCUGAUGAUGAGGAUAUGCCAGCAGGACAUAACGAUACAUCCACAGUGUGUUCCAAUGGUCCAGUCCUUGAGGAUUCUUCUGGAGAAGCAAUCCUGAGACACCCUUUAAGGACUAGUACAACUCUGGAAACAGACCAGGAUGAGUUGACCUCCGGUGCUUCAAGAUCAUCACCUAUCAGAGGUCGCCAGGACUCACUAAAUGACUAUCUGGAUGCAAUAGAACACAAUAAUCAUCCCAGACCCGGGACGUCUGCCUGUGGCGAGCGUCCACGUGGAGCCUCCCCAAAACUGAGGAGUAGCUUCCCUACUGACACAAGACUUAAUGCUAUGCUUCACAUUGACUCAGAUGAAGAGGAGCAUGAGUUACAUAAAGACCUGGGUUUUCCAUCUUCCUUGGAAGAUGAUGGUGGUUUAGUAAUGCUUAAUGGUGCUACAAGAAACAUUGAAAGAAAUGGUUUCAGUUACUCAUCAGAUCAGGUAAUGCAGGGGCCUGCAGAGAAUGAAAACAUUUCAGCCUCUGAAGCUCCUUUGCCGUCAACUGAUGACCAGCAGGAGACUCUCCCAGAGCUUCCACCAUCACAGUUAGCAGGAGAUGAAAGCUUGCAAGGUUCCCAAAGUGAGGCACCAGCAGACCAGGCUGGCAGCGAGUCGUGUGCCGCUCCGGAGGCAGAGCAGCCUCCUAGCAGUGCGGAUGCAGGAGCUGCUGAUGCUGCUGCUGGGAGCAGAAGGGGUGUUAGUGAAACAGAAUCCAUUGAUCAAGGGUCUGAACCUUCCCAGAUAUCAUCAGAAACCGAGCAGAGUGAUCCUGCUCGCACAGAAAGCGUCAGUGAGGCAAGUACCCGGCCAGAAGGGGAGAGUGACGUGGAAGGGGCAGACAGCUCUUGCAAUGAAAGCGCGACUGUGCGACGUUCCUCAGUUGAAAUGCGCUGUUCUUCUUGUGAAAGUGCCAGGUUUCCUGAGACUCCAGCCUUUUCUUCUCAGGAGGAGGAAGAGGGAGCUUGUGCCACUGAUACAGCUAGAACUGAGCCAGGUGCUGAAACACAGGACUCUGCCAGUGCUUCUGGUUCUCUACCUGCGGUACAGGUACUGCAGGAGGAAGCACAGGAGGCUGAGGCAGGUGAAUUACCAGACCAAGAGGAAGCAGAAGAAAUCUGGCAAAGAAGAAGAAGCCUGCAGGCGGCAGCUGCCAAUAGCCAGUCUCGGGAUGAAGAACCUGAAGGAGCGCAAGCAGCUUGUGAGGGUGCCACAGCACGAGUUGAAGGAGCUACUGGAGGUUCUCAAGCUAAUGGCCAUCAGCCCUUGAGGUCACUGCCUUCAGUACGUCAGGAUGUUAGCCGCUACCAGAGAGUGGAUGAGGCUCUACCACCAAACUGGGAGGCUCGAAUUGACAGCCAUGGACGGAUUUUUUAUGUGGACCAUGUGAACAGGACAACAACAUGGCAGCGACCUACAGCCCCCCCAGCCCCGCAGAUUCUCCAGAGGUCAAAUUCCAUACAGCAAAUGGAACAGCUGAAUCGCCGGUACCAGAGCAUUCGAAGAACUAUGACUAAUGACAGGCCUGAAGAGCAUACAAAUUCUGUGGAUGGAGCUGGAGAGGAAACUGACUUUCACCAUUCUAAUGCAGAUUUUCGAAGAGAGAAUGUGCUGCCUCACUCUACCUCCAGAUCCAGACUUACUUUAUUGCUCCAGUCUCCCCCUGUGAAAUUUCUUAUCAGCCCAGAGUUCUUUACAGUGCUGCAUUCUAACCCUAGUGCCUACCGCAUGUUUACAAAUAACACGUGUUUGAAGCACAUGAUCACCAAAGUCCGGCGGGACACCCACCAUUUUGAGCGCUACCAGCACAAUCGGGAUCUGGUGGGCUUCCUCAACAUGUUUGCUAACAAACAGCUGGAGCUGCCGAGAGGUUGGGAAAUGAAACAUGACCAUCAGGGCAAGGCUUUCUUUGUUGACCACAAUUCCCGCACUACCACGUUCAUUGACCCCCGGCUUCCCUUGCAGAGUAGCAGGCCCACGAGUGCUUUAGUCCAUCGGCAGCACUUAACUAGGCAACGCAGCCACAGUGCUGGUGAGGUCGGAGAGGACUCCCGUCAUUCAGGACCGCCAGUUUUGCCGAGGCCGUCUAGCACAUUCAAUACAGUCAGCAGAGCUCAGUACCAGGAUGUGGUUCCAGUGGCUUACAAUGACAAGAUUGUUGCAUUUUUGCGGCAGCCCAAUAUCUUUGAAAUUCUACAAGAGCGUCAACCAGAUCUUACCAGGAAUCAUUCACUCAGGGAGAAGAUCCAGUUCAUCCGGACGGAGGGAACACCUGGGCUGGUGCGUUUAUCCAGUGAUGCAGACCUUGUCAUGUUACUCAGCUUGUUUGAGGAGGAGAUAAUGUCAUAUGUGCCACCACAUGCCUUACUUUAUCCUAGUUAUUGCCAGUCCCCAAGAGGCUCGCCAGUAUCUUCGCCUCAGAACUCUCCAGGUACUCAGCGUGCCAAUGCUCGAGCUCCAGCUCCUUAUAAAAGGGAUUUUGAAGCCAAGCUGAGGAACUUUUACAGGAAGCUGGAGACUAAAGGAUACGGACAAGGCCCAGGGAAAUUGAAAUUAAUCAUCAGGAGAGAUCACUUGCUAGAAGAUGCCUUUAACCAGAUCAUGGGCUACUCAAGAAAAGACCUGCAGAGAAAUAAACUCUAUGUCACGUUUGUUGGUGAAGAAGG